CAGCGAAGCGCUUUGGUCACACUGGUCCACGAACAACUUGAGAGCAGCAGGAAAAUCGAACAACUUUCUUUUUCCACUGCAUUGUGUGUGUGCCUGCAAAAACACAAAGUGCGCAGAAUAGCUUUAUUCAACUAGCCGAUUCGACUCGAAAGUGGAUUAAUUGACCAGCGGCACAAAGGCUCCGCCCACCGCCAGCCGCCCCCGCAAAAUUAAAAAUUGCCAAAAACACCUACGCGCAGGCAAUUAAGACCGUGUGAGCUAGUGUGCGUGUGUGUUCGCGAGUGUGUGUUGUGCUGCUGGGACAGUAAACAUUUUCUGGUGAAAAUCGGGGGAAAAUGAAGAAAAUCCUGUCCAAGUUCGAGCGCAAUGAGAACUCGCGACUGGAGAAUCCGCCCAACAGCAGCAGCUCGUCGUCCUCGAACGAGAAGAACAGCUUCGUGGGCAAGGUCUUUACAGUGGGACGCGUCACGGUCACCGUGGAGGAUGUCCUGGCAGAAGGUGGUUUUGCCAUGGUCUUUUUGGCCAGGGGCAACGGCGGAGGCAGUUCCUCGGCGACCAAGUACGCCUUGAAGCGAAUGUACGUCAACAAUGAGCAUGAUCUGAACGUAGCCAAGCGGGAGAUACAGAUUGCGAGCAACCUGAGUGGGCACAAAAACAUCAUUGGUUAUGUGGACUCUAGCAUCACGCCCACCGGAAACGGGGUGUGCGAGGUGCUGCUCCUGAUGCCCUACUGUAAGCAUCACAUGCUGGCCAUGAUGAAUGCGAGAUUACACGUUGGCUUCACGGAGCCCGAGGUUCUCAACAUCUUCUGUGAUAUUGCCGAGGCUGUGUCUCGAUUGCACUACUGUCAGACUCCGAUCAUCCAUCGGGAUCUCAAAGUGGAGAACAUUCUGCAAACGGACGUGGGCAACUUUGUACUCUGCGACUUUGGAUCGGCAACGGCCAAGACGUUAAAUCCUCAGCAGCACGGAGUCACCGCGGUGCAGGAAGAGAUUCAAAAGUACACCACUCUAUCUUAUCGGGCUCCUGAGAUGAUCGACCUUUACGGAGGAAAGAGCAUAACCACAAAGGCGGACAUUUGGGCUCUGGGUUGCAUGCUAUAUAAGCUGUGCUUCUUUUCCUUGCCUUUUGGUGAGAGCACGUUGGCUAUUCAGAAUGGACAGUUCUCCAUUCCAGACUCCUCAAAGUACUCGAAGGGCAUGCACCAACUGAUUAAAUAUAUGUUGGAAACCGAUAUGGAGAAAAGACCAAACAUUUGGCAAGUUUGCGAAGUGGCCUUUCGACUGGCUGGCAAGGAUAAUCCCGUUCAGAAUCUCCAUAAAACUCCCAUUCCAAACUUCGAUCUACUAGUAGUGCCUCCGUUUGAAUCGGAAGCCAAGAGAAUCAGUGCAGCGGCCUCCAAGGCGGCGAAGGCUCAGAAUGUGUCAGUUGUGGAGGCGGGAACCAGCGUAGCUCCUCGGUCUCGUCCUAAGGGCUCCUCUUCGGUGCAUGGAGGAAAUCCUUUGGGACUCGGUUUGCCACCUAGUCCCUCGCCAAGACAGAAUAUCACCUCUCCACAACCUCAGCCUCAACCCGUGGUCGAGCAGUUCCAGGCCAACUUCCCAGCUAUGCCACCUACUGUUGCUCCACCUCCUCAAGCUGUCACUUCGGCAGCUCCUACUGCCAGUAAUCUCUUCGAGUCAAGUGGCUAUCCAGAUCCAUUCAAUGAGCCAGAUGCAGCAGUAGUUCCAACCGAAUUUUUACCUGCAGCAGAAGAACCUAACAAGGAAGAAGUGCCUCAGGACCUAAACGUAAUUGCUGGCACGCCCACAAAGAGCAUGUUGACGCCUCCCAAGCCCAGCGGAGGCGGUGGUCAUAGACGAAAUGUUAGCGACACUUCGGCCUUCAAUAAAACUUUUGCCAAUGAGACAAGUCAGUUUCUGGCCCCGUUUAACAACAACUUUGCUGCCAUGGGAGACGGUCCGCAGACUUUGGCUACUGCUGCCUCAAAUCCUGGCAUAUAUGCAUCUGCAACGGCGAACUCAUCCGCGGUAUCUAUUAGCGAAUUAAUGAAACCAGAACAAGCAGCAGUGGAAAAGCGAGUGGGAGCCUGGAAUCCGUUCGAAGAGGAGCAGCCCUUCAGCCAGAUGACCGAGGAUCACAUCUUUGAGGCAGAGUUCGACAAGAUUCGACAGAGAGGUAGUCAAGGAAGCAUCACAGCAAAAUCGGCAUCCACAACUUCUACACUAACACCUACGGAGCAGAUUCCUUCUGCGGUUGUGGCUCCCGUUACAGCUGUUUCAGGUGCAGUGCCUCCUCCGCCAAUUGCUGCCGCUGUAUCUCCUCACCCGUCGCAGGUCUCCGAGGAUCCAUUCGGAUCGGCGCCAUUCAGUUUGCCACCCGGACUGCGUGAGAAGGCGAGCUCGCUGCGCAAAACCGGAGCGAAAUUCAUCGGCGUUUCAUCAGGUGGAACAGGAGGCGGAGUGGCCACGCCUAUCGGCUUGGUAGCGGGAGGAGCAAACACCGCCACCUCAUCCAACUCAUCCAAGUGGGUGCUCUCCCCCACUUUGGAGGUUUCCAGCGAAGAGAAGACCUCGCUUAUCAGCAAACUCAAAACAGACUCGGAAUGUGGAAUUCCAGGCGGUGUUGGAGGGGCUGGCGAAGGUGUCUCUGGUUAUGUUAAGCUCCCUGUGGAAGACCGCAACAAGUACGAGAAGCUUCGCAGCAAAGAUCAGCCAACUUCCGAUGACUCCGAUUCCGAAGCUUCGGAGUUCUUUCAACAAGACAGCGAUGAAGGAGGUGGCGGCAUCUUUAGGCAAAUGCAGAUGGUGACUAGCAAUUUGCCGGAAACCAUCCAUAAAAUCCAACAGGUUGCCUAUCACAAGGUGGACAAAACAGCUCAUCUGCCAAUUGUAAAGAAGCUUCGCGAUAAGACCAAGAAACCAACAACAGCUGCCCAUCAAGCGGCCCAACAACUAAAUCUCAUGGCUGCUGCGGUAGCUGCACAAGCUGAAGAAGCUGCCAAGGCGGCAGAAUCCGACGGUGAUUCCAUCGGAUCUGCCAGUGACCUGCGGGCUGAGGAUGAUGAUAUGUUUGACGAGAAUCCUCGACAGACACAAGCCAAGCAACGUCGUCCUUUGCCAACAGAAAUGGAUGGAAUAAGCGAGUCAGUUAAGACCUGUAGCAGCUCUGCCUACCAUGCAGAAUGUGAAAGUGUAACUACCCAUGAAGACGAUGUACGGAGUAGGGUGGUGGUGAAGGUGCGAAUGAGGAAGAAGGACCGUGCCCUUGUGACUGGCACUGGCGAUCCAAGUGCUCCGUCAGAAGAACUAAGUCCCACUUCCAGCGAUCUCCUGCACAAGUUUGGUGAUCGUCCAUUGCUCCUAGAUGAUGAAUUGGAUUAUGGUUCUGGAGAGAGCAAGAGUAGCACUGAAUCUCCUGUGGCACCAGCUCUGCCAACAAAUCCCGAGAUGCAGGAAUCGGAGGAAGAUGUGUUCGCCCUGGCUCCAUUUAAAUUACCAGUCGGAAUUCCUCUGAAACGAAAGAGUAAGCCCAAAACUAAGACCAAGCCGUCCGAACCUGAGAUGUGGACUUCUACACCAGUUAAAACCGCCGCUGUUGAAGACCCCUCUACCAACUUUGCCAGAUUUCCAUCGCAGCUCACGCCAACAAAUCAUGUAGAAAAUGUGCAGCUAGACGAGUUCAAUGAACCAAUUUUCAAUCCCUUCCAGAAAAGCACACAGAAGACGCAGCCGGAGGACAGUAAUCAAUGCGACCUGUUCGGCUUGGAACCAUUUCCACAGGUAAUUCGUACAAUCGAACAGAACCCACAGCACCACCAGAUCCACCAAUUUCCCAGCCACAACAACAAUAACAAUGUGAUCAUAGUGCCCGCCUCCGUAUCUGUUGCUCUUCCUGCCUCCGUUCCUGUGUCUGUUUCCGUCACUUCGUCUGCCCCACAACUGGUGACCAUAAAUCACUCGAUUAUUAUCAACAAAACCCCGGAGCCACCGAUGAACUUUAAUAAUAACCAGACUGUUAAGUCGAGUGGCACCAGCAGUGUCUAUGUGAAUGUGCCGUCUUUCUCCAGCAUGAGCACCAGUUCCUGCUCCAGUAACCAGCCACAAUCCUCACCAUCAGCUGUGACUCCAGUUCAGGCACCUCUUCCAGUUCCAGUUCCUGCCUCUGUUUCCGUUCCAGCCGUUCCAGCUCCAAUACCGGCGGUUGUUACCCAUUUGCGUCCUUUGCUGCCAAUUGCCGAUAAUGCGUAUGUGCAAAUUUCCCAAGAUCGCUGCUCAGAUUUCACACCGGACGACGAGGAGGAGCCCGUGGUGUUGCGUGAUGCCGAUGUGGUGGCAGACGGUAUAUCUACCCCUGCGAAACCAAAAAAGGAGAAGUCCCAUCUGGCUGUGAGGGUUCUGCCGGGAAAGCUCACACAGAAGGUUAAGGGACACUCGUACAAAAAAGUAAGCGCGGCUGCCCUGGGAUCUACCAGUUCCCUGAGUUCCGGCAGCAAGCAGAAGCACCAACGAUUGCAGUACCAGUCCCACGACGAUGAUGACGACGAACAGGAUCAGGAUGAGAACCGAGGAGCUGGCGGCGGUCGCAAUUUCCAAUCAAACACCAUACAAAAUUCAGCAAAAACCGGCUUCAGCAAUAUGAGUUUCGAGGACUUUCCCUCGGAUCAAGAAAUGGAUCGUCUAUCCAGGACCAUUCCCUUCGAGGUGGUUAGAAACGAAAAGAUGUUACUCGAGGCGGAGAAGAAGUUCGGUUCCCUCAAACGGCGGAACAAUUUGUUCUCAUAAGUGGAAAGGGGGCACGACCAUAAAGGAGACCUGAGACUGAGUGUUUCAAAUUAUGUUGGCAUUUCGUUGAAGCUUUUCUCCGUUCCGUUUUUAGUGUGGUUCCAAAAAUAACCGAUAUGUCUUUUCUUUUGAACAUAGUAUUUACUCGAGUGUAGCAAUGUUGAAAAGUGGUUAAUACCAUCUACACAUACACAUAUUAAACACACAAGAAGAUCAAUACCUAUAACUGUUAUUUAGUGCAAAAAUGUAAACUAGUUUUAGGAGCGAAACAAGUUUAAUUUAUACAGUGUGUAAAUUUACCAAAGUUACAUUUAUUUUUGUGGCAUUUUCAGCUUGAAGUAAUUCAUUAAUUAUUUAUUUAUACAAAACUAUGUGAUUAUACACCCACACCCAAUAACAACCCCAAAAAACAAUUUAUCACUUAAGCCAAUUGCAUUCACUGACACACCAAGGUAUUUAAGGAUUAAUUAUUCUAUCCGUAUCGAAUAACAUACGCGUUUAUGUUAGUACACCAUUUGUUUUGCAUUAUGUAUUAUCUCGACUAUAUAAAAUAUGCAUAUUGUAUUUAUAA